AUGCUCGUCAGGAGUCUGCAACACCUACAUUCCAUCUUGGACUCUGAGGGUUACCUGGAGAUUGAAACUCAGAACUGGAGGGAAUAUCUUGUCAGCGAGGACCAGAGGCAGCAGGACGGUGCUGAAGACUCGAUGCACACUGCAAGCAAUCUGUUCCAAGACAACUUGUCUUCGAUGAUGAUCAAGAAGGACAUCGAGGAAGACUCCAACUUUGAUGAGCAGCUUGUUAGCAUCUGCAAAGAGAUUGCAGUGAAGAUGAAAGAUGAAGACAACAUGGAGAGAUUGAGGAGGCAUCUGAAGGGAGGGUUUGACACCAACAUGGGGGACUUUGAGGGCAGUGACUUGGAAGAUCUGAGAAGUUUGAUCGGAGUGAUGAUAGAGACAUCAACAAGUCAGCCAUCUCUUGUUAUCGAUGACUUCGCUAAGGUUUGA